CGGGAACUGCACCGCCGCCGGAGCAGCGCGACACCGGCUCUCGCCGCCCCGGCGGGAUGAUGCUGCCGGUGUACCCGGAGCAGAAGCCCAACCCGCUGCAGAGCGCGAACCUCUGCUCGCGCGUGUUCUUCUGAUACUGUGCUUUUUACAAAUCGAAGGCAAGACCUUCCACCAGCAAAAAGAUUACAACUCACUUUUUCAUGGUGGUCUGGAAAGGAACCCACAAUGUUUCUGAGGUGGCUAAACCCCUUGUUUAAAAUUGGUCACAAACGGAGAUUAGAAGAAGAUGAUAUGUAUUCGGUGCUUCCAGAAGAUCGCUCCAAGCACCUCGGAGAAGAGCUGCAAGGGUUCUGGGAUAAAGAAGUCUUGAGAGCCGAGAGAGACUCACGGAAGCCUUCUUUAACAAAGGCAAUCAUAAAGUGUUACUGGAAAUCCUAUUUAGUUUUGGGAAUUUUUACGUUAAUUGAGGAAGGCCUCAGAGUAGUCCAGCCCAUAUUUUUGGGGAAAAUUAUUCGUUAUUUUGAAAACUAUGAUCCCACCAAUUCUGUGACUUUGCACGAAGCCUACGCCUAUGUCACGGUGCUGUCUGUUUGCACGCUCAUUUUGGCCACACUGCACCACUUGUACUUUUAUCAUGUCCAGUGUGCUGGGAUGAGGUUAAGAGUAGCCAUGUGCCAUAUGAUUUAUCGGAAGGCACUUCGCCUUAGUAACAUGGCCAUGAGCAAGACCACUACAGGCCAGAUCGUCAAUCUGCUGUCCAAUGAUGUGAACAAGUUUGAUCAGGUAACAAUAUUCUUGCACUUUCUGUGGGCAGGCCCACUGCAGGCCAUCGCAGUAACUGCCUUGCUGUGGAUGGAAAUAGGAAUUUCGUGUCUUGCCGGGUUGGCAGUUCUAAUUAUUCUUCUGCCUUUGCAAAGCUGCAUUGGAAAGUUGUUUUCAUCACUCCGGAGUAAGACUGCAGCUUUCACAGACAUGAGGAUCAGAUCCAUGAAUGAAGUUAUAACCGGCAUAAGAAUAAUAAAAAUGUAUGCCUGGGAAAAGUCAUUUGCAGAACUUAUUACCAAUUUGAGAAGGAAGGAAAUUUCCAAGAUUUUGAGAAGUUCCUACCUUAGAGGAAUGAAUUUGGCAUCGAGUUUUGUUGGAAGCAAACUUAUCAUUUUUGUGACCUUCACCGUCUACGUGCUCCUUGGCAACGUGAUCACAGCCAGCCGCGUGUUCGUGGCACUGACACUGUACGGGGCUGUGCGGUUGACGGUCACUCUCUUCUUCCCCUCGGCCAUCGAGAAGGUGUCAGAGGCAGUUGUCAGCAUCCGAAGAAUCCAGAACUUUCUCUUGCUUGACGAGAUCAAACAGCGUAAUUCUCAACUGCCAUCGGGCAAUGAAAUGAUAGUGCAUGUGCAAGACUUCACUGCUUUUUGGGAUAAGGUAUUAGAAACCCCAACCCUCCAAGACCUUUCCUUUACUGUCAGACCUGGUGAACUGUUAGCUGUGGUUGGACCUGUGGGAGCAGGAAAGUCAUCACUGUUGAGUGCCGUGCUGGGGGAACUGUCCCCGAGCCAGGGGCUGGUCAGUGUGCAUGGAAGAGUCGCGUAUGUUUCUCAACAGCCCUGGGUGUUUUCAGGAACUGUGAGGAGUAAUAUUUUAUUUGGGAAGAAAUAUGAAAAGGAACGAUAUGAAAAAGUAAUACAGGCUUGUGCUUUGAAAAAGGAUUUGGAGCUUUUGGAGAAUGGAGAUCUAACUAUGAUAGGAGAUCGGGGAACCACGCUGAGUGGAGGGCAGAAAGCCCGGGUCAACCUCGCAAGAGCAGUAUAUCAGGAUGCAGACAUCUACCUUCUAGACGAUCCUCUCAGUGCAGUGGAUGCAGAAGUCGGAAAGCACCUGUUCCAACUGUGUAUUUGUCAAACCUUGCAUGAGAAGAUCACAAUCUUAGUGACUCAUCAGUUGCAGUACCUAAAAGCUGCAAGUCAGAUUCUGAUAUUGAAAGAUGGUAAAAUGGUACAAAAGGGAACUUACACUGAGUUUCUGAAAUCCGGGAUAGAUUUUGGGUCCCUUUUGAAGAAGGAAAAUGAGGAGGCUGAACAAUCUUCCAUUCCAGGAAGUCCCACACUGAGGAGUCGGACCUUCUCGGAGUCUUCAGUUUGGUCUCAACAGUCUUCUAGACCCUCGUUGAAAGACGGUGCUCUAGAGAGCGAAGCUAAUAUGCAGGUUACACUAACCGAGGAGAGCCGUUCUGAAGGAAAAGUUGGGAUGAAGGCCUAUAAGAGUUACUUCACAGCCGGUGCCCACUGGUUUAUCCUCAUUUUCCUUCUUCUAAUAACCGUCCUAGCUCAGGUCGCCUACAUUGUUCAAGAUUGGUGGCUUUCAUACUGGGCAAAUGAACAGAGCGCCCUGAACAUCACUGUAAAUGGAAAAGGAAAUGUAACCGAAAAGCUCGAUCUUAACUGGUACUUAGGAAUUUAUUCAGGUUUAACUCUAGCUAUCUUCAUUUUCGCCAUAGCAAGAUCUUUGUUGUUAUUCUACGUCCUUGUUAAUUCUUCACAAACUUUACACAACAAAAUGUUUGAAUCCAUUUUGAAAGCUCCAAUAUUGUUCUUUGAUAGAAAUCCAAUAGGAAGAAUUUUAAAUCGUUUCUCCAAAGACAUUGGACAUAUAGAUGACUUGCUGCCCCUGACAGUUCUAGAUUUCAUCCAGACAUUUCUACAAGUGAUUUCUGUGGUAGGCGUGGCGGUGGCGGUGAUUCCUUGGAUUGUGAUACCUUUGGUUCCCCUCUGCAUCAUUUUCUUUGUUCUUCGUAGUUUUUUCUUAGAAACAUCAAGAGAUGUCAAACGCCUGGAAUCUACAACACGGAGCCCAGUGUUUUCCCACCUAUCAUCUUCUCUCCAGGGUCUCUGGACCAUCCGGGCAUACAAAACUGAAGAGAGGUUUCAGGAACUGUUUGAUGCACACCAGGAUUUGCAUUCAGAGGCCUGGUUCUUAUUUUUGACUACGUCCCGAUGGUUUGCCAUGCGUCUGGAUGCCAUCUGUGCCAUCUUUGUCAUUAUUACUGCCUUUGGGUCGCUGAUUCUGGCAAAAACUUUGGAUGCUGGGCAGGUUGGCCUGGCAUUGUCCUACGCCCUCACACUCGUGGGGAUGUUCCAGUGGUGUAUCAGGCAAAGCACUGAAGUUGAAAAUAUGAUGAUUUCAGUAGAAAGGGUGAUAGAAUAUACAGACCUUGAGAAAGAAGAGCCUUGGGAAUACCCAAAACGCCCACCACCAGGCUGGCCCCAUGAAGGAGUGAUAGUCUUUGACAAUGUGAACUUCACAUACAGUUUAGAUGGGCCUCUGGUACUGAAACACCUGACAGCACUCAUUAAAUCAAGAGAAAAGGUUGGCAUUGUGGGAAGAACAGGAGCUGGAAAAAGUUCCCUCAUCUCAGCCCUUUUUAGAUUGUCAGAACCCAAAGGUAAAAUUUGGAUUGAUAAGAUCUUGACAACAGAAAUUGGACUUCAUGAUUUAAGAAAGAAAAUGUCAAUCAUACCUCAGGAACCUGUUUUAUUCACUGGAACAAUGAGGAAAAAUCUGGAUCCCUUUAAUGAGCAUACGGAUGAGGAACUGUGGAACGCCUUAAAAGAGGUACAACUUAAAGAAGCCAUUGAAGAUCUUCCUGGUAAAAUGGAUACUGAAUUAGCAGAAUCUGGAUCGAACUUCAGUGUUGGACAGAGACAGUUGGUGUGCCUUGCCAGGGCUAUUCUGAAGAAAAAUCGGAUAUUGAUAAUUGAUGAAGCAACAGCAAAUGUGGAUCCAAGAACUGAUGAGUUAAUACAAAAGAAAAUUCGUGAGAAAUUUGCCCAGUGCACUGUACUCACCAUUGCACACAGGUUGAACACCAUUAUCGACAGUGACAAGAUUAUGGUUUUGGAUUCAGGAAGACUGAAAGAAUAUGAUGAGCCAUAUGUUUUGCUGCAAAAUAAAGACAGCCUAUUUUACAAGAUGGUGCAACAACUGGGCAAGGCAGAAGCUGCUGCCCUCACUGAAAUAGCAAAACAGGUGUACUUCAAAAGGAAUUAUCCAGAUAUUACUCAGAAUGGCCAUGUGGCUACGAACACUUCCAAUGGACAGCCCUCAGCCUUAACUAUUUUUGAGACUGCACUGUGAUUCUGCUACGAUGUCAAGUCUUAUUUCGAAGACAUUUUUCCAAUAGUGUUUGCACCGUGUAAACUAUACUCUAUUUUUUUUUACACUAGCAGCAAGUUAUUUACAUACACAUGAUGUUAGUUUGUUUGGAAUUUUCUCCUCCAACUUCACCCAAUGAUUUUAAGCUCUACCAAAAUUACUUUUUAUUUUUAUUUAUAUUUAUAUGUUAUAGUAUUUUUUUCUUUAUCCAAAUCAGAGGUGCAGGCCACCAAUUAAAGCUGUCUACCAGGUUUGUGCCUUAAAAGACUCUGGAACAAAAGCUCAUUUUGUAAGGUAUGAGGCAAAGUUGUAAUAGAUUUUUUUUUACUAGCCCUAAAUUACAAAUUACUUUCCAUUUUUAUCAGAGAUUCUAUUUACUUGAAAAUUGUGUGAGGUUGCCAUUUUGUCUCACCACUUUAUAUAACAUAACUAGGAUCCAUUAUUUCCUCCCACAGGCCUCUGGUUAAAAUAGUACACAUAAAAUUAAUAGGAAAAACAAAAAAAUUAUACUUUAGUAUAAGUGGCAUUAUGGUAGGGAGAGGCUACUCAACACCCCACCCCCACCCCAAAAAAGAUAUAUAGUUAGAAUA